AAAAUGUCAACAAUAACAGAAAUUACUAGAACAACAAAAACUGGAAUUUCUCGUAAUGUUGAUUAUGUUGGUUUUGCCAAUUUCCCAAAUCAAGUGUUUCGACGAUGCAUUAAAAAUGGAUUUGAAUUUACUUUAAUGGUUGUUGGCCAAUCAGGUUUAGGCAAGUCCACUUUCUUGAACACACUUUUUAUGGCCGAGUUGCACAAUUUGAAGAAAGAUAAGCCUAUUGAAACCAAAUCUACAGUGAAAAUUGAAAGCAAAACAUUUAAGCUUGCAGAGAAUGAUGUUCGGUUAAAGUUAACCGUUGUUGAUACGCCUGGCUUUGGCGAUUUUGUGGACAAUUCGAAAUGGUUUUUUAUUAAAUAUAUCGAUGACCGUUUUGCCGAUUAUUUGGCAGAAGAAACAAAAAUUGAUAGAUCGCCACAAAUUGAAGACAAACGCGUUCAUUUGUGUGUUUAUUUUAUUCCGCCUACUGGACAUGGUCUUAAACAAUUGGAUAUUGCAUUUAUGCAAGCAUUACAAGAACGUGUAAAUAUUAUUCCAGUUAUUGCAAAAGCCGAUACUCUUUUACCUUCAGAACUUGGACGUUUUAAACAGAAUAUAAUGGAUGAUAUGAGAAAAAACAACAUUUCACUCUAUAAAUUUCCUGAAAAUAUGGAACAACAACAGCCACCCCAACCACCUCAACAACCUUCUCAGCAACAGCCUCUUAUAAACGGAACAACGACCAACGAUUUUUUAACUAAUGGAAAACCUCACCAGAAUGGCAACAAUAAUUCUGCCCCCUCAGACCUGUCUAAACGACUUCCUUUUGCUAUUGUUGGUUCAACCCAUAUAAAAGAAAUUUUGGUUGGAGGGGAACAACGUGCUACUAAACACAGAGUUAGGGUUAGAGAAUACCCUUGGGGAACAGUUGAAGUGGACAAUUUGGCACACAAUGAUUUUAUGGCUUUGAGGGAUAUGAUAAUCAAGAAUAAUUUGAUUGACUUGAUUGAUGUAACAAAAUGUGUUCAUUACGAAAAUUAUCGAAAACGCAAUUUGCCCCAAAACAAAUUUGAAGAAGAAGAUCCUUUUACUCAAUUAGAAAAGGAAACAACAACAAGAUUGGCUGAAGCAGAAGAUACACGUCAAAAACGGGAAGCUUUAUUUAAUGAGGGUGUUGCUGAACGUGAACAACGAUUGGUGAAGAAAGCAUUGGCGAUGGAUUCGGAAGAGAAGGAAAACCGUAAAGUUUUGGAGGAGAAGCAAGCAUUGUUGGAUAAACUUAAACAAGAAAUUGCCAACACAAAAAGGGGAGCUAAUUUGUCUGCUUCAAGUUUAGAAUCUGGAUCUACUGGGACAAUAACUUCAACAUCAUUGCGUACAAACUCUUCACCUCCCGACAAAAUUACAACAAAGAAGAGAAUUGGGCAUUUGUUUGGUGCGAGGAAUUGUUAA